AUGUCUCUGGACCCCUUUGACGAUGUUCUCACCCUAGAAGACCAAUUCUUCUCAGAAGGCUUCCGCCAAGGCACUGAAGACGGCAUCCAAGCGGGCAAAAUCGAGGGCCGCUCCGUCGGCCUCGCCAAAGGCUACGAGAAAUUCUACGAGAGCGGCAGGAUACACGCCCGCGCCGUCGUGUGGGCCAACAGACUCUCCCUCCCCCAGAAGAACAGCAGCACCACAGCGAAGCCGUUCGGCGCUUCGGCUUCAGCUUCCUCGGUCUCGGCCGAUCAACCCGAUCAACCUCAACUAUCAACAGAGCCGUCAGAGUCACAGAAUAAGACCUGCUCCCUACCGCCGCUGCCGCCCAACGCCAGACUAGAAAAGAACGUCACGACGGCGUUUGCGCUGGUCGAGCCGGACACCCUCUCCAAGGAGAACAGCGACGAUGCCGUAAACGACUUUGACGAUAGAUUGAAGAGGGCGCAGGGCAAAGUCAAGAUUAUUGAGCGCAUGACGGGUGAAGCGGUUUCUGCGCCGGAGGCGGCUGCUGCUGCUGCUGCUGCUGCUGCUGCUGCUGCUGACGUGAAGGUCCCGGAGACCAAGGAGAUUUGA